UACAGCCCCCAAGAAGUGAAGGCACACACUGGUCAUAGCCAGCAAAAGGCGUGCAAGGACACAUUCCCCUGCACAAACAGCCGGGGCAAUGCUGGGCACAGAGCAUUUGCUGCAUGGAGCCACCAGCUGUGCCAAGAAUUUCGCUGUUUGGGGGAGAAGGGAACACGUGGGGCUCCUGCACCCGCAGCUGUUCCCUGCCCGCAGCCCUCCCAGCCACGCAGGGCAUUUAAAUUUUAAAGCACACUCCACCCGGCUGUUUUCUCCUCUGUCUCCACCGGCUCACACAGACCCCGUCCCCGGGAUCUGCUGGUCCCCGAGGCACCCAUGGGCUCGCUGGUGGCCAAGCUCCUCCUGCCCACCAUCAGCACCUUGGUCUUCCUCCCCACCAUCAGCAUCGCGGCCAAGCGGCGCUUCCACAUGGAAGCCAUGGUCUACUUCUUCACCAUGUUCUUCGUGGCGAUUUACCAUGCAUGUGAUGGCCCCGGCUUAUCAGUGCUGUGCUUCAUGCGCUACGAUAUCCUGGAGUACUUCAGCAUCUACGGGACAGCUCUGUCCAUCUGGGUGUCCCUGAUGGCCCUGGCUGAGUUCGACGAGCCGAAGAGAUCGACCUUCGUCAUGUUCGGCGUGCUCACCAUCGCUGUGAGGAUCUACCACGACCGCUGGGGCUACGGCGUCUACUCGGGACCCAUCGGGACCGCUGUCCUGGCGAUCACUGUGAAGUGGCUACAAAAGAUGAAGGAGAAGAAGGGGCUGUAUCCAGACAAGAGCGUCUACACCCAGCAGAUCGGUCCUGGCUUCUGCUUCGGGGCAUUAGCGCUGAUGCUGAGGUUCUUCUUUGAGGAGUGGGACUACACCUACGUGCACAGCUUCUACCACUGCGCCCUGGCCAUGGCCUUCGUGCUGCUGCUGCCCAAGGAGAACAAGAAGGCCGGGGGUGCCGGCACCCCUGCCAGGCUGGACUGCUCCACGCUCUGCUGCUGCGUCUGAGCCCCCGGCACCUGCUCCUCCUGCACCUGAGCGCUGGAGGGCUCCGACCACGAGCAAGGUGCUGCCCGCCGUGCUCUCCUGGGGACCUUCUCCCACCAGCUCUGCGCACAGCCUGGGCUUCAUCCUUCCACCAUCAUAGCGCCUUAUGCGUUUCCAGUUUGCUAAAUUCCUGUACUUCUCCCUGGAGAAGCCCUUGUUAGGGAUGUGCCCCUGUCCCGUGGCCCAGCAGCAGGGGCUGGGGACCUUGGUGUCCCUCUGUGCGCUCUUGGCCACAUCACCUCCCCGAUGUACCCCGUACUGGCCCAGGAGGACCCGAGAUGUCCCCUCCUGUGGGUUUUCCCAGCCUGAGUGCACAAGGCUCUGUUUGUAAUGCCCGGUUAACAGAGCCUGUCUUUUUGUGAGAUAUUUCCUAUUUUAUUUAUGCAUUCUCUUGAUGUAAAUAAUACUUAACAGCAAAGACUCUUUGCAAGCAUGCAAUACCAGCUUUCCUUAAGCGUCACAAAAACCCUUCCAGCCCAGCUGCUGCUCGUCCCAGCUCAGGCGAGGGCAGACACCAGCCCCAGAGCACAGCCCCAGGCACAGCCAUCACCUUCCCUGCCCCGGAGGUGGCUGCAGCAUCGGUCACUUUGUCCCCACCAACCUGCUGGGGUGGCGCAGGCAGCAGGUGUGCUCGCAGCGAGCCGCGUUAGUCUGGAAAGCACAUGGAAAACGAGAGGCACAGCAAAGAAGCUCCUGGAGCUGGGGGGGGGGGGGGGCUGUAAGCCUCUAACAUCUCCUAUAACAGACUAUUUACUAUAGCAGAAGUGUAUGAUUUAUUUAGACUGUCUGGGAAAAAUGCCAGGACUAUAUGUCAUGGACAAUUAGAGCGGUAUUGAUAUACAGUGAUGUCCACAGAAAGCCCACAUUAAGCCUGGGCUCCUCUGGAAGAGAAAUCCACCCCAGUCAUUCAUCAGAGCCACUUCCUGCGACGGGGCAACAACCAAAGCCGAACGGGUUUCCAACAAAAAUAUAAAUGAAUCACAAAGCCCCGAGCGUCCAGGAGUCACUGGCAAGCUGGCGCUGCGGUGGCACGGCCAGCACGGCUGUGCACAGGGGCAGCGCUAGCGAGGGGGUCCAGGGGGCUCGCCAGGCACCAAAACCAACCCAGCUCCAGUGUGUGUGAGCAGCCAGCCCCCAGGAAAAUUUGCAAGGUGCUGCGAGGGAAUGCAGGCAAUGCUUUCCCCAUUGCUUGCUGAGCAAGUCUCUGCGUCCCUGAGCACACCAGGCUGGGGUGCACUACCCCACGUUCAAAUACUCACGCAGCCACCUAUGCAUAUCCUUUACCACUUGCUGCAGCCACAGACCAGAGGCACACGGCCCCCAGGACUCAUUUUGUGAGUUUGGCCCCUCCAGGGUGGCGACGAUAUGAGUAUUCCCCAUGGCAAGCCCGGCUGUGCCAGCUUUCAUGGGCACGGGAGAGCCUCACGCCUUCCCAGCACUCAGCGAGAGUGGAGACUGAACACGAGCUGAAAGAAGGCUGGCAAACCCCACGCAAACCAGGAGGGCACGUUGCUGAGGUCCAGCUGAGUAAAUGAAAGCUCCUGCUCCCACCUGCCGCAUGUUCAGGUGUUACA